AUGGACAAUGCUCUGAUAGCCGAUGAGAAUCUUAAAAAACCCUCGAAGCCAGCCUACUACGGAACUGCCGGGUACAGGUCGAAGACGUCUGACCUGAACAAUAUCCUGUGCAGGGCAUCGCUCAUAGCCUACCUGCGGUCUACGACGUUUGCAGGAAAGAUCAUUGGAGUGAUGAUCACGGCAAGCCACAACCCCGUGGAGUACAAUGGAAUCAAGAUAAUCGACCACAACGGAGACAUGCUGGAUGAGGUGUGGGAGGAGUAUAGUGAUAGGAUUGUGAACUGCGAUGAUGAGAAGCUCGCAAGAGAAAUGAAGAAAAUCCUGAGGUCUUGCAGCAACCAGAGUGAGCUGGGGGAGGGGGUGAGAGGCCAUGUAGUUCUUGGGAGAGAUACCAGGGACAGCGGGGAGAGGCUGUGCAACAACAUCAGAUCGGUGUUGGGCAAGUUGAACUGCACGGUGGAUGAUUACGGGGUGGUGACGACUCCCGAGCUGCACUUUCUUGUAAGGAAGUGUAACACGGAGAACAGGGUGGUUGACAAGGCAGAGUACAUGAAGAAUAUUGCUCACAACUUCAAUUCACUAUCUUCUAUAACAAAGGGAAACCUUAGGAUGAUGAUAGAUACGGCAAACGGAGUCGCAGAUAUGAAGCUCAAGGAGUUGGAUGGGAUGCUCGACGGCAAGCUGAACUAUGAGGUCCUGAACGAUCCGAAGGGCAUCCUGAAUCUGGACUGUGGAGCCGACUUUGUCAAAACAAAGAAGAGGGCUCCGAGGCUCGAGGCGCUUAGCUCCAGUGGGUUCUCCCAGGCAGCAAACAGGAUCUGUGCCUCCUUUGACGGCGACGUCGACAGACUCAUAUUCUUCACCGGCCCAAAGGAUACGGAGAUAUUCGACGGAGACUCACAGGCAGUCUUCCUGGCCCUCUACAUAAGGUCUCUUCUCGACAGAAUUGAGUCUCGGCUCAGCAUCGGGGUUGUGCUUUCCUACUACUCGAACAAUGCAGCUGUUGACGUUCUCCCCCCUGAGUCGUUCAAGGUUGUGAUGGCACAAACUGGGGUCAAGAACUUUGUGAGUGCAGCAAGAGAGUUUGAUGUUGGGAUAUACUUCGAGCCGAAUGGACAUGGAAGCGUGUGCUUUUCACAGGCCUGCAUAGACGAGAUAGAGAAAGGAAGUACCAAAUCCCAUGCGAUUCUUAAGAUCUUGGCCAAUCUGUUUGAUCCGUGCAUCGGAGACGCAUUGGCAAACUUCGUGAUUUUCAAGGCGCUGAUGGGCAGUGCAGACGACCUCAGGAAGUUCAGAGAAAAUCCAAGCAGGCUUCUCACAGUCAAGAUAGUAGACAAGAACAGCAUCAAGGUUGACCAGAAAAACCAAGUCAUUGAGCCAAAAGAGCUUCAGGACAAGAUUGAUGUGGAGGCGCUGAGUCUUGGGGGCAGAUCCUUCGUCAGGCCCUCUGGAACAGAAGAUGUUGUCAGGGUAUAUGCCGAGUGUCCGUCAGAGGCCGACGCAGACCUCCUCUGCCUCAAGGUUGCACAACAUGUCUAUGACAUGUGCAACGGCAUUGGAGACCACCCUGAAAUUGAUUACACAAGUAAAUAA